CUUCCUUUUGCUUCCAAUAGGCGGCGAGAUGUGCUGGCGGUGGUAGUGAUGGGUGCUUGUGUAUCCAAAAAUAAGAGUGUCGACUGCUCUGAUUGAAUUCGUGAUGGCCGCCCUGUCCUUUCCUAUUCUUGUAGCCUUUGUCGCCUCUUGCUCCGCUCCGUCUACGGCGUCUGGCUGCCACGUACGUACUGUAACAGUGCGUACGUCGGGAGAAAAAGUUAAGAUAAGGGCAACAAAGGCCGGGAAGGGCAAGACAGGGGGGGGAACAAUUGUCUCUAGUGUUCUUCCUCUCUCCCUUGCAGGGUCUCCGCCUACAGGGGCAACCGCUGGGAUGACUGACGUACUUUUUUUUUCUUGUCUGACUUUGAUUCGAAAUCGUCGGCAGAGGGGCCUUUGCGUCGAGAAGGAGUGACGAUGGCGGCGUUUGUGGCGUAGCGGUGCCGAGUGUCGCUUGCUUGGCGAUCGAUGAUCGCUGAAGGCCCUGGCGCUGGCGUGGCUGGGGGCAAGGCAAGGCUAGC